AUGGAUGAAGUGGAGUGGAUGCCAAGACAACCCAAGGCCAAGGACCUAAGGGUUGGGCUCAUCAGCUGGGCGGGAUCCUACCUCACUUUUGAGACAUAUAAGAAUACUGUCACUGCUACUGCAAAGGGUUUGGGCCGGAGACAGACCUGGGAGAUCCUGGUGAGCAGUAAGCAUGACACACAGGCUGUGGUACGACUAAGAAGCUUGCAGGGCUUCUACCUUCUGUGCGAGGCGGAUGGUUCUCUGUGCUAUGGCCGGCCGAGGACGAGCCAUCAUGGAUGCUUCCUAAUCCACUUCCACCGCAGUGGCAAAUGGACCCUCCAGUGCCUCAUCAGUGGUCGUUAUCUGGAAUCUGAUGGCAAGGAUGUUUUCUGCACCUCCCGGACCCUCUCAGCUUACCACAUGUGGACCCCCCGGCCAGCGCUGCAUGUCCACGUGAUCCUCUACAGCCCCCUCAACCACUGCUAUGCCCGGGCUGACCCCACCAUGGGCCGAGUCUGGGUGGACGCACCAGUUCCCUGCCUGAAGGAAUGUGGCUUCCUGUUGCAUUUCCAAGAUGGAUGCUACCACCUGGAGACCUCUGCACACACCUUCUUGUCCCACUUAGACGGUCUGGUCUCCCAACCCUCAACACAGACAGCUUUCCACAUGCAAGUGCGGCCUGGAGGGUUUGUGGCGCUGAGUGAUGGAGAAGGAGGCAUGUUGUAUCCACAGGGCACACGCCUGCUCCUGAGCCUGGGCUCUGAUCCCCAUGGGGGCGAGGAGUGGCUCAUCCUACAGCACUGCCCUACCUGGGUCAGCCUCAGGUCCACGACUCAGAAGUUUCUCACCGUUGUCUAUGACGUGGAUGUGUGUGCCGCCUCUGAGCAGGUAACCCCAAUGUCCUUGUUCCAGUUUGAAUGUGACAACAAGAGCCCUACCUUGCAGCUUCGUUCAGCCAAUGGCUGCUACCUAGCCCAGAGGCGCCAUAGGACAGUGAUGGCUGAUGGGCACCAGCUGGAGGCUGAAACCUUCUUUCGUAUGUACUGGCACCAUGGCAGGAUCAUCCUGCAGUCUCCCAGUGGAUGCUUCUUGGGCAUCGCAGCCAAUGGCCUGCUGGUGGCCAGUGCCACCAUUCCAGGCCCAAAUGAGGAAUUUGGGAUUCAAUUGGCCAACCGCCCCUUCCUCGCCUUGAGGGGACGGUAUGGGUAUGUGGGUACCUCGUCACGACACGACCUCCUGCAGUGCAAUAUGGAUCAGCCCGACUGCAUUUACCUGCUGCCCUGCCGCCAGGGCAUCUACCACUUCCAGGCACAGGGUGGGUCCUUCUGGUCAAUAACACCCUUUGGCACUUUUCGCCCUUGGGGAAAGUUUGCCUUCAACUUCGGUAUAGAGCUUCAGGGCAGCAACUUGCUCACAGUGCUUGCACCCAAUGGCUUCUACAUGCGAUCUGACCGAAGUGGCACCCUGUUGGCAGACAGCACAGACAUUACCAAAGAGUGUGUUUGGGAAUUCUAG